GCUCAGUUGGUACGCGGCCCUCACGGCGUUCGGUCGUGUCCACGUCCCUCGUUCCCGCGCUCGUGUAUCCACGUGUUUGUUGAACUGAAAUACGAUAAAGAUUGCCCGAUGUGAAAGAAGAUGGACCUUAAAUAUCUAAUCCUAAUGAUUGCCUUCGCGACAAUUGAAAUCAACGUAACUGAGAGCCGGCAAAAUGACAAGCGGCGAUGGAAAUCGGAUAAAAGCGUUUAUUCACAAUACGUCAAUAUUUGCGACAUUCAAGACCGGGGCUCCAAGGUACAUUGCUAUUGUGAGAGCACGAAGUUAAAGACGGCUACGAAAGCGGAUUGCUGGGUUUUUAAUGGCGGAAUCGCCGAAGAUGACCCAUUUUGGUCGAACUUUUAUUCUCAACCUAAAAUAGAAAGACUCACGUUUAAUGUGAGAGCAGACGGCGGGCUCACCUAUAUACCUGCAAAAGUCAUAAUUAGACUAGAAAAGCUGCAGUAUUUCAACAUCCACUAUGCGAACAUAUCAUAUGUACCACCUUUCGCGUUUACUAACUCGUCAACAUUAAGAGAGAUAUCGUUGCCGAAAAACAAAAUAACGAAACUCGAGAGAAUGUCUUUCGCACAUUUGAUAUUGUUGGCCAAUGUAAGUUUGAUGGAGAAUCAGAUUUCAGAGUUGGAACGGGACGUAUUCUACAUGCUACCGAACUUACAGCGGCUGUACUUAUCAAAGAACACUAUAAGUGUUCUUCAUGAAGGCUGCUUCAAGCAUCUCAACAAUUUGGUGAAAUUGGAGCUCGACAGUAAUUUGCUGACUGUAGUAAUCAGGGAGAACUUCCAAGGUCUAUCCAACUUGAUUACUCUCGACAUGAGGAACAACAAAUUGACGAUGAUAGGCGACUUGGCAUUUUCCGAACUUUGGGCCCUCCAGGAACUUUACCUGGACGGGAACGAAAUAGAAUUUAUAUCGGAGAGGGGUUUUGGUGGAUUGGCGCAACUGAGGAAACUUUAUUUGGCUGAUAAUAAGUUGGGAACAUUAGACGCCGGCGCUUUGGACGAUUUUCAGAAGUUGACUGUUUUGGAUUUGAGGAAUAACAAUUUGGAAACUCUUAAACAGGAGACUAUGCAAAGUAUCCUGGAAAACAUGAAGUCGAAUUAUGCCUUAAUCUCUCUUGACGGCAACAAGCUCACCUGCGACUGUCGUCUCCUCUGGCUUCACCAGCUCAAGAACGAAACCCGGAGCAAACGCGUAAAAGCCUCCCUCGAACGUCUCAGCUGCAUCAUGGACCUCAAACUCAAAACGGACCUCGGCAAAAAGAAAAACGACAUACCGAAAAACCCGACGUCAACACAUGACUACGACAAUGAUGAAUUUGACGAUGAUAAGUACGAUGACACCAUGCAAGAUGACACUGUAGGUAAUAAAGUUGAAUACAGAAAAAGGUUACUAGAAAUAUCAAAAGAUAUGCUACCUUGUCAUAAUAAAUUAAGUUAUGAAGCGUCUUAUUCACCUCCGACGCAAGACGAAGUGAAAUAUUAUUAUUCAGCGUCGAGUAAUGUUGUUGUAGCAAUGACGGUACAUAUUACAAUCUUAGUUAGUUUAGUAUUGUAAAUACGGGUAGAUCAUUUGUAAAUAAUUAAUGUGAUUUAGCUAUUAUAAGAAUACAUCCAGCGGUUGGUUGAUGUUUU